CAGUGUUCGAGAGGAUGUCCCGAGGACGAGUACUUGUCAGUGAAAGGUUGGGAUGGAAUCUGGAGAGGGCCCCAAUAGGCUGGGAACAGCCCCAAGCUAGCCGAGUGGAGUCACCCCGGCACACUCCCCGUUCUCAGCUAUGUUUUGGGAGAAAUCAGGAACCUCCCGGCAACUAAGCAGAUGGAAAGGAAGUCUAGAGCUGACUAAGUGUCCCAACCCAUCAACGCCUUGGACAUGUGGCACCAGAGCAGGGGGAUAUUCAAGAUCUCUGACAGCAGAUCCAAGACAUGCAGUAAGGAGUCGGUCCCGGAGGUCACACAGAUCACGCCUGAUGGCAAUGUGCGCUCAGUCCAUAGCAAGGACGAGGGCUGGGAUGUACCCCAGGCCCAAAAGAAGUUAAAAGGAAAGGCAGUCCAGCCUGAAGGAUCCAGGAGAUUAGCGUUUCAAAGGCUGGGACAUGACGGCAGGAAUCAAAACCGGUCUGCUAGAGAACGACUAGGAGUGGAGACCACCCCGGUGAACGCCUUCGACCGACUGGGAAGAGGGGCUAGGCGACCUGGUCGGACCAGGCGCACGGAACCACCCCCUCACGAUGAGCCCCAGAACAGCCGGGCGCCUCAUCAAGAAGAAGAAGCGGAAAGCCAUCCCAGGCACACGGUCCGCUCCCAUGUUGAACAACUUAGGGACCGUGUAGGCCGGGUAGAAGCACGUCUGGAAAAAUUGCAACGCCGGGUUGACCGGGAUGAAAAGAAGAAAAUCCUGCUGAACGAAUCUCCGUUCACAGACCGGGUUCACGAGACCCCAUUCCCAAAGAAGGCAAAGUUGGAGGUCCCGAAGUUUACCGGGAAAGAGGACCCGGAAAUACAUACCCUCCGCGGCCGAGCCGCUGAGUGGUUUCACAACCUCCCGGCUGGCGAAAUCGAUUCUUUCGAUGAGCUGGCCGAAGUGUUUCAAGAAAAGUUCAAAGAAAAUUGUACCAAGAGGAAAAAAUUUACAUACCUUAGUACAGCCGGGCAGAGAGAGCACGAGGAUUUGACCAAGUUCCUCACCCGGUGGAAGGAUGAAGUUGACAAGGUGGAGGAAAUGGACGACAAAACCGCCAUGUCCCUCUUGGUGUCCGAGCUUCGGUCCGGAGAGUUGUACAAAGAGUUCUGCAGAAGGCCUCCCCAAUCCUACCAAGAGGCCUACAACACGGCUUGGGACUACGCUGACAUAGAGGCACAAGUGUCGUCUAAAAGAGAGGCCGAGCAAGGCCAUUCCAGAGGAAGGAUUUCCUUGAAAAAGGAAAUUGAACUGCCCGGCAGGGUGAAAACGGAAGUGAUGGAGGGGGUGAUCAAGCAGAUGAUUGAGGCCGGAGAGUUUGACCCAGAGUAUCUGGCUCAGGCAAAGCAAAAGAAGAAUCAAUGGGUCAGGCCGGAAGGACAACUGGCCGAGCAGAGCAAGAAGAAGAAAGCAGCCAUCCGGCCUGGAAUAAACAAAGUCCGUGGAAUUAUCUCCAUGGUCCACCUCUGCAUGAAGUUCUAUACCUCGGGCGGUAUCAGACAAGUCCGAGGAGAUCAGAAGAAGGCGCGGUCUUGUUACUUGGAGGCUGUAAAGAAGAUGACAAAGGCCUUCGAAAGGGUUACCCUGGUCUCCCAGGAGGAAGACCGGUCGAAGUUGGAACCGGGUGACGAGACCGAGCAGAUUGUCCUCUGGGAAGCAUUUCCGGAGAGAAUGGUGAAGAUAGGCUGGGACUUGCCUGGAGGACUUCGAGAAGAAGUCAUCUCAGUACUCCAGGAGUUUGCGGACAUAUUCGCUUGGAGUGUGGCGGAUAUGCCGGGCAUUGACCGGUCCAUUAUCUGCCACCGGUUGGCUGUUAUUGAAGGCAGCCGGCCGGUGAAACAAAAAAAGAGACACUUGGCAAAUGUCCGAAGGGACUUUGUUAAGAAUGAAGUGAAGGAUCUGUUGUCGUUUAAGAUUGAGUAUAAGCCUAGGACCGCAAUCAAGGGUCAAGCUCUGGCCGACUUCCUUGUGGAGCUGACCGGUCUGGAGGCUGAAGUUGGACCUUCCCAUACGGUCGAAUCGUGGUGGGACAUGGCCGUUGAUGGGGCCUCUGGACCGAAGGGAUGCGGAGCCGGCAUAGUCUUCACUACCCCGGAAGGAUUCAAAAUCUACCAUGCCUUGGUUUUUAACUUCAAGCUUACCAACAAUGAGGCGGACUAUGAGGAACUAGCCGGUGGCCUUAGAUUAGCCUGGGCACUUGGGAUAAAGAGAAUGAAGAUCCGAUCUGAUUCAAGUCUGGUCGUUGGACAGGUCAAUGGUGAGAUGGAAGUUAAAGAAGAUCGUCUGGCCCGGUAUAGUGACCUGGUCCGAGCACUUCUAAGGGAGUUAGAAGAGUUUCGUUUGACCAGGAUACCCCGGUCAGAAAAUGUUGAUGCUGAUAUGCUUUCAAAAUUAACGCAAGCCUGCCCGGAGCAAGUGUCGAAGUUGGCAAAAAUCGAGAUAUUGGACCAACCUAGUGCUGACCGAUUUGAGGUCGCAGCCAUUCAGCAAGGCCAGAGUUCAGCUACCGGGGUGAUUGAAGCGGAUGAUAACUGGAGAUACGAUCUCAUGGAGUAUUUAAUGACCGGCCAGAAACCGGACGACGAAGAACGGGCCAGGAAAGUAGUCCUACGAGCUCCCUGGUUCCAAGUACUGGACGGUCACCUAUACAAACGUGCCAUUAGAGGUCCUCUACUGCGUUGUCUCACCAACCCGGAAGCAGAACGGGUAAUAGCCGAGGUACAUGAGGGGAUUUGUGCAGCUCAUCACAUGUCUCGUACGUUGGCUCAGAGGAUAAUACUGCUCGGCUACUAUCUGCCGACCAUUGUUAGGGAUUGUGAGCGGUAUGUGCAAAAGUGUAGGACAUGCCAAGUUUUUUACAAACAUCCCGGCACACCGGCCACGUAUUAUCAACCAACCUCUAAUGUCAUUCCCUUUGCCCGGUUUGGGAUUGACAUUAUUGGGGCUUUCCCGGUCGCCCAAGGCGGGAAGAAGUUCGUAAUGGUCGCCAUAGAUUACUUCACAAAAUGGAUUGAGGCUGAGGCGAUGGCUACCAUAACCGUACGGCAAUGUGAGAAAUUUGUUUGGAAAAACAUUGUUACCCGGUUUGGAGCCCCAAAGAUGAUUGUCACUGACAACGGCCCACAAUUUCGCAAUCCCCGGUUCACUGCAUACUUGGCCAGUUUCAGAAUCAAGCACAGCAAGGCAUCAGUAGCCUAUCCACAAGAAAAUGGCCAAGUAGAAAAUGCUAACCGGAUAAUAGUGGACGGGUUGAAAAAGAGAUUGGGAGAAGAGGGACGCAAAUGGGAGACCGUGUAUCAGCCCGGCCAGAACGAAGCCGACCACCUAGCUGAGCUGAAUCUGGUGGAAGAGCGAAGGACCAUGGCAGCUGUCAAGAGGCUGGCUACCAGCAGUCAGUUAAGAGAUAUCAUGACAACCGGGUGGGCCCACGUUACUUCCAAGUGCAUGAUGAGGUCUUACGCAGAAGGGAUGCCAGUAAGCCUAAUGAGAGGGGCAAGCUAGUACGUAACUGGGAAGGACCCUAUCGCGUAAGGGCGGUCAUCAGGCCGGGCACUUACCAGCUGGAAACCAUGGAAGGUGGACGAGUUGACCGGCAUUGGAACUCUCACCACUUGCGUAAAUUCUUUAGAUAAAGUGUAAUGAGUUCCCGGUUAUGAAUAAAACUUUGUUCUUUUC